AUUACAUUCACAUUGGCAAAUGUGUUCCUCUUUGAUUAUAUUCGUUAUCAGAGUUUUAGUGCAUUGCUUCUUUGGCUAUUUAUAAAACAGCAUUUCAAAUAAUUUAGUGAUGUAUGAGCCAGUUUCUCAAACCAAUUAUCUUGUAAUUUUGAGCUCCCUGUGAAACAGCUGUUCAGUGCGACUAGCUGAAAUAAAUAAUCAGCAGCUGUUUUAUGACACGUUUUUCCAAAACAAACCAACAACCAACAACCAACCAACUUAAAUAAGGUGAUGGGUUCCGAGGUGGAGGCAAAAAAGCCCAAAAUAAGUGAAAAUGUUGGUGAAAGUACAACAAAUUGUGCCCAUUGGGUGUACCGCAAGAAGCGCUUUUGUAAAAUGACAGUAAAGACAGGACAAAAGUAUUGUGGAGAACAUCAACCGGCUGCUGAAUUGAUAUCAGCGGAAGAUGAAAUUGCGAGCGAAGUCAAUUUUCGUAUUCCGUGCCCGUUGGACCCCAAGCACACAGUAUUUAAGAAGAAACUACAAAAACAUCUCAAAAUAUGUAAUGCACGCGAAAAGGGUGAUUGUCCGGCGUAUAUAGAAAAGGGUAUAAAUGUAGGGGAAGAAGCCGCUGAUUCACCAGGUUAUAGUAAACUGAAAUUACACGAAUUACCUGAUGUAGAAUUCUACACUAUAGUGGAACGUGUUAAAGAGCUUUAUGCACAAUUUGUGGAAAACAACAUAGAUUCACUAAAUGUCCAGCACAAACUACUGGACGCAGAAUUGGCAAAUACUUCAUUCGGACCCGAAGCCAGAAAGCACCUACUGCAGGCAGCUGCGCUUCUUGGCAUACUUGACAAUGACAACCAACUACAAGACAGCACCAGUUAUGUAGAAUAUGGUGCAGGUAAAGGGCAAUUGGCCUAUUAUCUCGCUCAAUUACUCGAAACAAUACCAGGUUCACAAGUAGUACUGAUUGACCGAAUGUCCUUGCGUCAUAAAAAAGAUAAUAAGAUUGAAGAUCGAUCUCUGGUACAACGUAUACGUGUUGAUAUUAGCGAUUUUCGUAUGAGCGGACUGGAAUUGCUACAGCGCACAAAACGUUGCGUUGCGGUAUCUAAGCAUUUAUGUGGCGCAGCUACCGAUUUAACAUUACGUUGCAUUACACAGCCGACCGGUGCGAAUUCAACGGUCAGUGCGCCUAGCACAGAAUACGUGCUAAUAGCGUUAUGUUGUCAUCAUCGCUGUGACUGGCAAGCUUAUGUUGGAAAAGGCUUUUUCCAAGAGCACGGAUUGUUAAGUCGUGACUUUGCUGUGAUAAGUAAAAUGGCUAGUUGGGCUAUAUGUGGUACUGGCAUGAGCCGAGAGCGUAGACGCGCGCUUGAAGAACAAGCACAAAUGCCUGAAGAUGUUAUUGAUACCAAUAAAACGCAACGAUUAACUUUGGCUGAGCGCGAGCGCAUUGGUGAUAUGUGCAAACGUAUACUUGACUUUGGGCGUUUGGUGUAUUUGAGGGAGCAUGGAUUUGAGGCGCAUCUUAAAUAUUAUGUUGGACGGGAAGUGACGCUUGAAAAUGUGUGUCUAAUUGCCAGAAAGACUGAUGCAUCUAAGCCGCCUGAAAAUGAACAUGGAAAAUUCUAAUCCUGAAUUAUGGAUUUAAGUGACUUUUGUUAGUUGUAUUUUUUAAUAUACUAUUAGAUUUGCACAUAUCUAGAGAAAUCUCUAUAUGAUGAUUGCAAUGUAGGCGACCAACUUUAUCACAUGCCUGAAAGUAUGCAAUAGUUUUUAUAAUUUACGGAAUACAAGCGACAUUGCCACGGCUAAAUCUUUUAAGCACAAACACUAUUUCGCAAAUUACAGACUCAAGCUGUAUAUUAAACAAAA